AUGAACAUUGUAGGAAAGCUCAGUUUAAUGAUACCGUGGAGUAUAUUCUUGCUUCAUUCACUGCUGUCCACUUUGCAAGGAUCUUAUUGCAAGCUUCCUCUUUUGAGAAGAUCUUUGAGAACUGAGUCUAAUGCAACUCAACAGAAAAGAGAUCUAGUAACAGCCGAGGUUCAAUCUGCCUCUCGGUUGCACCAUCAUGGGACCCUGAUGCGGAGUCCACCAGGAGGUUCAUGUCCUCAGGAGUGCCUUAAUGGAGCAGCCUGCACAGAGGGAGGUGACUGUGACUGUCAGUUAUUUCAGGCUCAAGGAAGCAGGUGCCAAAUUGUACCUAACACUGGCAAGGACCGAGAUGGGAUUUGCAAAUCAUGGGGACAGUAUCAUUUUGAAACAUUUGAUGGCAUCUACUACUACUUCCCAGGGAAUUGCUCCUAUAUAUUUGCAAAAGACUGCAGUACUCUGGAGCCCCAAUACACUGUUUGGGUUCAUAACAGUCCUCACUGUUAUGGUUCAGUAUAUACUUGUCAUAGGUCUAUCAGCUUAUUUUUUUCAAACCAAGAAGAAGUAAUGAUUUCAGGACAUGAAGUAAGAAAAAAUGGAAUCAGAUUAAUAUUGCCUCAGACAGUUGGAAAUGCUUUCAUUGAGAGACUGGCUGACUAUAUUCUUGUGAAGACUACCUUUGGUUUUUCUCUUGCUUGGGAUGGAAACUCUGGUAUUUAUAUUAAGCUGACAGAAGAUCAUAAGGGAAAACCUUGUGGCCUUUGUGGAAAUUUUAAUGGCAAUAAAUAUGAUGACCUGAUACUUCAAAACAGGGAAUAUACAGAAGACAUUGCUGAAUUUGCAAAUAGCUGGGCUGUGCAAGCCUCAGAUGAUAUAGCUUGUGUCCCUACUGCCUCAGAUUUUUCCAGUCCUUGCUCAGCCAAUGCAGAAUCCACUGAGGACAUAUUCUUCAAGUGCCAAAUAUUCCUACAGUUUCCUUUUCUCAGCUGUCAUGAAAGUAUAGAUCCGUAUUCUUAUAUUUCAAGUUGUAUGAAUGAUCUUUGCAGAGUGGAUGAUGAUGAAACAUACUGCAGGGCAGUGACAGAGUACGCUAGAGCAUGUUCUCACGCUGGGUCCCCGGUGCGGGACUGGAGGGAUGACUUUCCUGCCUGUACUGAGAAGUGUGAAGACACCUUUGUUCACCGUGACUGUAUCAGCUGUUGUCCACCAACUUGCACAUUUGAAAAGGAUUGUCUUGGCAGCAAUCUGCACUGUUUAGAUGGCUGUUACUGUCCAGAUGGUCUCAUUAUGGAAAAUGGAACUUGUAUCUCUUUGUCGAAUUGUCCUUGUAUUUAUCAUGGAACUGCUUUCCCUGUAGGCUCAAAAAUUGAACAAGAAUGUAGCGACUGUAUUUGUGUUGGUGGCAUUUGGAACUGCACUGAUCAUGAUUGUCCAGCUGAGUGCUCCAUCACAGGCAGCUCUCAUUUCACAACAUUUGAUGGACGCCAUUUUACCUUUCUUGGGAUUUGCCAGUACAUUUUGGUAAAAGGCACUGGAAAAAACAAAUUCACAAUCACUUUACAAAAAGCACCUUGUGGACAGAACUUUGACCAUGCCUGCAUUGAGUCUAUAACACUGGUUCUUGAAGAUGACGUGAGGAAACAAGUAACUCUCACAAGACAUGGUCAAAUCCAAGCUGUCCCUAACCAAGUUUUUAACCUCAAUGGGGCUAUUGAAAUUCAGAAUAUAUCUUCUUUCUUUGUUCAACUGAAAACUAGUUUUGGUUUGAAGAUACUGUUUGCUAAAGAUGGAGAGAGGAUCUAUGUUCAAGUUGAUGUCAGAUGGAAGAGAAGAACAUUAGGACUAUGUGGAACUUACAAUGGAAAUUUAAGAGAUGAUUUUCUAUCUCCAGCAGGGAUGAUAGAAGGGACCCCACAACUUCAUGCCAAUGCAUGGAAGGUUUCCUCAGCUUGCUCCAUGCCUAUCAAUAUUCCUGUGGUUGAUCCCUGCAAUGUGAAUCAGCAAAAUGCUGGGUAUGCAUCUCACUGUGAUAUCAUCAACCAAGAGGUGUUUGCUCCCUGCCAUGCCUACAUCAGUCCAGGGCUGUACUACCAGCUCUGCCGCUUCGACGCGUGCAAAUGUGGGAGCAGCUGCCUGUGCAAUGCUUUGGCACACUAUGCUUAUGUCUGUGGCAAGCAUGGUGUCAUCAUUGACUUCAGAUCUCAUGUGUCUUACUGUGCUGUGAUGUGUCACAGUGGUAUGCUUUAUCAUCAGUGUUCUUCUUUUUGUAAACAUUCCUGUGCUUCACUUUCUAUGGCAAGUAUCUGUGCUGAUGACUGUGCAGAAGGAUGUAAUUGUCCUGAUGGGAAGUAUUUUGAAGAGUCAGUCAACUUUUGUGUAUCAAUAUCUGGCUGUCAUUGUCAUUACAAAGGCAAAGCACUGCAGCCUGGAGAAAUCCUUCCUACACCAACAGGCUCCUGUCAAUGUUUGAAUGGAACAGUGAAAUGUAUUGAAGCCACUACAGAAAACAUAGUGCACAUAUGCCCUGAAGGAAAAAUCUACUAUGACUGCAGAUCUCCUGUGCCUGGGUUACCAGCAGCGGGUGUGAACUGUGGGAUCUCUUGUGCGAACCUUGCCAUGAACUUCUCCUGUGUCCCCUCACCACCCUGUGCAAGUGGCUGCAUUUGCCCCCCUGGGAUGGCUGAGCACAGAGGGAAAUGUUAUAUUCCUGACAGUUGUCCAUGCACCUGGAAAGACAGAGAAUUUCUGUCAGGAGAAGUGAUAGCUACUCCUUGUUACACCUGUGUUUGUCGGAGAGGUGUCUUCAACUGCACCAGUUACCCCUGCCCUGCUGUGUGCACCAUUUAUGGAGACCGACACUAUUACACCUUCGAUGGGCUGGAGUAUGAUUAUGUCAGUGACUGCCAAACUUACCUGCUAAAGAGCACAGAUAACUCAAAUAUAUCUAUAAUUGCUCAGAACAAAAAGUGCUUUGACAAUGAUAUUGUUUGCUCAAAGAAUGUUUUCAUCACUGUUGGAGACACUGAGAUUUAUUUUAGUGAACCUUCUGAGAAGCAGAAGACCCUAGGGGCACAAGAAAACAAAUCUAACUAUCAGCUCUGGAAGGCUGGAUAUUAUACUGUGAUACACUUUCCAGAACAGGACAUUACAAUUCUGUGGGAUAAGAAGACAAUGAUGCAUGUAAAAGUUGGACCUCGAUGGAAGGGAAAACUGGCAGGCUUGUGUGGAAAUUUUGACAAAUAUACUUCAAAUGAUCUGACUACAUCAAACAACAUGGAGGUGAGAAAUGCACAGGUGUUUGGAGACAGCUGGGUAUUAGGACAGUGUAAGAGCCCAAAUGAAACACUGAGACCAUGUGAAGUACAUCAGAGCAAGUUCCCUUAUGCAAAAAAGGAAUGCUCAAUUUUAUACAGUGAUCUUUUUGCACCUUGUCGCAAUGUGAUUGAUGUGACUUCUUUUAUCAAAAAUUGUCACACAGACACAUGCAACUGCAAUCUUGGUGGGGACUGUGAGUGUCUGUGUACCAGUAUUGCAGCUUAUGCCCACAAGUGCUGCCAGCAAGGAGCAGCGAUUCACUGGCGAUCUCCUCUGCUCUGUGCUUAUGACUGUGAAUAUUACAACCAAGGUCUUGGUGAAGGACCCUAUAUUUUGGCAAGUUUUGGAGUGAAUGACACAAUUAUAGGGGCUAAUGUAUCCAGCAGAAGGAUAUUUCCCUUGCCUAGAACUGGAGCACAUGGAAAUAUAAUUUUCAGUUUCAUGAUAACUCCAGGUCUUUUCAAAGAUAAAGAUUUAUCUCUGUCUCUUGUUUCCCUUGAAUCUGCUGAAAGACCAAACUACUUUCUGUAUGUACAUGACAAUGAAACCAUCGGGUUGGAGCAGUGGCAGGCAAAUGCCUCCUUUCAGAGACGAGCCACCUUCUUCCACCACCAGGGUCUCUGGAGUCCAGGGCUCAGUGCCUUCGAGCUGCACAGUAAAAAAGGCUUUUUCAUCAUUCUCACCUCAUCCAGUGUUAAAGUGGAAAAGUAUGAUGGUUCAGAAGAAUUCAAACAUUUCAGUAGCUUUAGUAUUGAAGAACUCAGUGCUUCUGUGCCUUACAGAAGGAUGUGUGAAUGGCGAUAUGAAUCUUGUGCUAAUCCUUGUUUUAAGACAUGUAGUGAUCCUGAAGGAACAGCAUGUAAAUUUCUUCCUCUGGUUGAAGGAUGCAUGCCAUACUGUCCCAAAAACAUGAUCCUUGAUGAGAUCACGCUUAGAUGUGUUUAUCCAGAAGACUGCAUACCUAUGUCACCUACAGAAUCAGACAUUGGACUGAAGCCUUCACUGAUAAUCUCUCACAUGGGUUCUACCACAGAGAGAUUUCCUCAGACACUCCCUGUAUUUGUUACUUCAAGGAAUAAAUCAACUCUCAUCGGUGUGACAGACAAAAUAACCAUAAAUGCAAAUACAGCUUCAAGGGGAAUGAAUAUGUCGGCACAGUCCAUUACAGACUUUUAUUCAUUGGAAGCUUCUAAUGCAGCCACCUAUUCAACAUUUUCAUUACCAAGUACAGUGGAGCCUUCUGAUGUACUUCACAGCACAGCCAGCCCUACUGUCCUUUCCAAACCCAUCCCUUCAACAGAUUUUCCAAUUCUUUUUCAAGCCUCAGCAGUCACAUCAUGUACUGCCUGCUCUAAUGUAUCUAUAACUUUACCCAUUACAAUAACAACUCCAACAACCCUGCUCAGUGCAAGUCCUAUUCCAGCACAUUCUGCAUUAUUAACACCCACUUCCCUAGUGGUAGUUCCAUUUUCACUCGAAACAUCAACCACUCAGCUAGGAACAGUUCGACCUUCCUCAGCACUAACAACUCUAGCCUCCAAGAUAUCUUUGGUCACUUCUGAGCUGCCUGCAGGGAUUGGGAAGAGUAGGAGUCCUUCACCAAAGAAAUCUGUUACGUCUUCAGCCUUCCCUCUCAGGACAUUGGUAUUACCUCUAAAUUCUACAGUCACUUCAGAACUUACAGAGUACCCAAAAAGUUCAGAUACAGAAUUGAAAAUUGACCCUGUGGCUCAAAGUUCAGGUACUUCCAUUUCUGGAAAUCCUUCUUUUACAAGGUCAUUAUCUUUACUUACAACCUUGUUAUCAACAUCAGAACCAUCUUAUGUGACAUCUCAGAUUACAAGUUCUUCAUUGAUUCCCAUAGUCAGUAGCACAUCCCCACUAACAAAAAAUAUAAAUGCUACCCAAGCAUCAGUUUCAUCUCUAGAUACACAGGGAACGUCAAAAAUUCCAAAUAUAGACGUUGCAACUUCUGUGGAUUUUUCUAAAUUCACUUUAAAAAUAAGUCUCUCUAGCAACUUUUCAGUAGCACUAAAAACAUCCAUUGUAAUGCCCUCUUUACUAACACCUAACACCUCUGAAAUAAGUUUAGAAAGCCAGCCCUCUAUGCCUUCGCCUCCUCCUAAGACCACUCAUAUGUCUAAUGUUUCUCUAGGAAAACAGAGUUCUUCGGUAAGUUCUUCAGGAGAAGAAGGAACAAUAUCAGCCAUACCAGCUGGAAUCAUCACUCAGUCCACUACGCCAAUGAUCAGGAACACAACAGCGAAUGCUACAUCCUCAAAAUCACCUUAUAUUUAUGCAAAAAUGCUACCUAGUUCUUCAGCCAGUUUAUUAGUUACUUCAGCCACCACCACCCUAGCCUCGAGGAUUACUACAAAAACUGCUGAUUCUUUUGUUGUCAAUUUGGAUUUUUAUAUGGCUUCAGCUUCAGUUCCUACCACCAUAGAAACACACAAAUCUUUAUUUACAACUGCAGUAACUCAAGCUUCACAGAGCACUAGAGAAACUCCAAAGAUUAAUAUAAUGAAAACAACUGGUACUACAAAUCCAUUAUCACAGAUGAAGAGUACCUCAUACAUAGCAUCAGAAAUUAAAUACACAACUUCAUUUGAAAACACUGUGGGUAUUUCAGAAGAUGGUCAGACGUCACAUGAGCAAAAAAAUGCUACCAAGACAAAGACAACCACAACUGACAAAUCUUCCCCACCUUAUUUGCCAGUAACUGCACUCCAGAGUCUGCUUUUUUCAAGAAAUACAACCUCAGUCAAAAAUAUCUCUAUUUCUGGAGUCCUGGAUGUAAUGACAUCAGAUAGGUCCAAAAUCCCAACGCAGAAGCCCAUUACGCCUUAUUUUAGUGUAACAGAGGCCACAGAGCUGCAAACCAGAGCUAUACUAGAUUUGUCUCUUUCUAGUGGUGGAAUGGCUCUGCCUUCCUCAUCAGAAACGAUGGCUGUAGAUGACAAGGCUUACUUUGGCACGAUGAUGCACACACUGAUAUCUACAUCUUCUGAGUGUGUGCCAAGAUACCUUGAACCUGUUGACAAAUGUAGCCAGUAUGUAUGUGUGAAUACGGCUUGGAUGUUAUACAAUCUUUCAAGGAACUGCCCUAAGGAUGUGCAGAAGCCAGAUUGUGGUUUUCGAGGAAUGCCUGUUCAAGUUAACACUGACAGCUGUUGUCCAGAAUGGCAAUGUCCCUGUCAGUGUUCUGUACUGUCUGAACUGAGUGUUAUUACAUUUGAUGGAAACAACAUAGCCCUCUGUAAUAUGGCUUCCUAUGUUUUAGUCAAGUUACCAGGAGAAAUUAUUGUUGCUCAUAUUGAAAAAUGUCCUGCUAAUCAGAGUGCAAAUUCAAUAAGAAAACUAGUGCCACCUGCAAACACUUCAGGGCUCUGUUUUAAGAAAUUAAAUGUCACAACACACACUUGUCAAAUACUUAUCAAUCGUUUAGCAAGAAAAGUAGUUGUAGAUUCUGAAAUUCAACCAUUACCAUUUUCAAGAGAAGGACUGAGUGUUCAGGAUACUGGUGCAAUGUAUGUGGUCAAUACCCCAGGUGGGAUUAGCAUCAAGUGGGCUCACGUUACCGGCAUCAUGGAUAUACAGUAUGGAUUACACUCUAACACAACGAGGAAGACAGAAGGACUUUGUGGGGUGUGCAAUGGAGAUCCUAGCGAUGACCUGAAAAUGCAAAACAUGACCAUAAUUACAAAUAUGGAGGAAAUUGAAAUGUUCAUUAAGAGCUGGGAAAUUGAGAAAUCACUUGAUGUAACAACCAGGAGGCCAGUAAGAAACUGUACUGAAGAUAACUGCACAUACUGUAUGGAACUGUUAAACAGAAGUAUUUUCAUCCCUUGUCAUAAGAAAGUGUCACCACAGGAAUUUUGUGAGAAGAUGUGGAUCAACAGUACUAAUUUUUUGAACUAUGAGUGUGAUGCACUUUCUGCAUAUGUGGCUUUAUGCAACAAGCACAACAUCUGCAUUAAAUGGAGGACACCUAAUUACUGUUCACUGAGCUGCCCUGAGGGCAAGGAAUACCAGCCUUGUGUGCAACCCUGUGAAGCCAAGACAUGCUUGAAUAAAUGGUUCUAUGAAGAUUCCCCCUGUUCCUAUUUAAGGGAAGACUGUGUGUGUAAAAACGGCACCAUUCUGCAUAGAACAGACUCAGACCUCUGUAUACCAGAAGAAAAAUGUACGUGUACAGAUAAUAAAGGACAACCCCGCUCUGCUGGGGAGAUCUGGAAUGGGUCCAUGAGAGGGUGCUGCAUGUACAGCUGUUUAGAAAAUGGAAGCAUUAUUGCUGUAGAACCUGAGUGCAGUGAGGAUCCACCACCAGUCUGUGAAAGAGAAGGGGAAGUUCUACUCCAUGUCAUUGAAGAGAGAGCUUGCUGUCCCAAGAAAGUUUGUGAAUGUAACAUGUCAUUGUGUGAUGCCAUAAUUCCAACAUGCAAACCCAAUGAAAAAUUAGUGGUAGGCUACCACCCCCUGUCCUGCUGCCCACAGUACCGAUGUGAAUGUGAUCCUUCAGUUUGUUUCAAUGCCUCCCAGCCUGACUGCAGAGAAGAUCAGUUUAUUGUUGAGGCAAAACAGGAAGAUCCCUGUUGUUUCUCUCACCUCUGUGUUUGUGAAUCCUGUAUUGAACCUGUUCCCUUGUGUAGUGAAGGGGAAAUUCUCACUGUAGACCUUAAUACCAUACACUACUGCUGUCCUCAUUACUACUGCGUUUGUGAUGAAAAUCUUUGUUCUGAGCCUCCUAUGAUUUGCACAGAUGACAUGACACCUGUGAAGGAAAAAAUACUUGGGCAAUGUUGUCCGGAAUGGCACUGUGAAUGUAGUUGUGAAAAUGCUACCAUGCUGAGUUGUAAAUUGGGAGAAGUUAAAAAAAUAGAUAGCAGUAUUUCCAGUGCUUGUGGAUGCACUCACUACAUUUGUGAGAAGGAUGAUGUGUGCAUCUUCCAAGAGGUCACAGUACUGAAUCCUGGACAGUCAGUGAUUCAGUACUUGGAUGGAGACCUUUGUUACACUGUACAGUGUUUACAAGAAAAAGAUCAGAACACAGGCUACAAUGCCAUGCAUUUCACAAUGAUGAACUGCUCCCAGCAAUGUGAAGCUCAUCAAGUAUAUAUUCCUUCCUUCAGUCACCAUACUUGUUGUGGUACGUGUCAAAAUGUGUCCUGCUCUUUUCAUACAGAGAAUGGAACACUGAUUUUGUAUGAGGAAGGAAGCAUGUGGACCUCCAACUGCACCAACUACAAAUGUGUUAAGACUGCUGCAGGGGCUAUUGUACUGGGAUCAAGUGUUGUCUGCCCCCCAUUUAAUGACACUGAGUGUACAAAGAAUGGAGGAAUUGUGCAGACGUAUAAUGAUGGCUGCUGCAAGACCUGCAAAAAGGAAGAAAGGAUUUGCCAGAAAAUGACAAUCAGGACAACCAUAAGAAAAAAUGACUGUAUAAGUCAAAGCCCGGUAAAUGUGGCUUCAUGUGAUGGAAAAUGCCCAUCUGCAACAAUUUUCAACGUCAAUAUUGAUAGCCAUCUAAGAUUCUGUAAAUGUUGUCGAGAAAUUGGAACACGAGUCGUGACUGUGCCCUUGCGCUGCUCAGGAAACGGCACCGAAAUUAUGUACGUCAUUCAAGAGCCCAUAGACUGCUCGUGCCAGUGGAACUGA